UUUCUCAUUAUCAUAAACCAACUUCCUACUGGAAAAAAUAAAAGAAGCAACCGCCACCAUUUUCCUUUGGUCUAAAUAAGAUGAUCUAUGAAUCAGAAAACCCCCUAGAGCUGCCUGUUCUAGACGUUUCUGAGGCGUUGGAUGCAUCAGCCCUGAGGUCUCUAGGCGCUGCCUGCAGAGAAUGGGGCUUCUUCCAGAUCAUCAACCAUGGAAUCUCCAAAGAUCUCUUCACCAAAAUCUACUCUCUCUCCAACAAGAUCUUCUCUCUCCCAUCCGAAUCCAAGCUCAAACUCGGCCUCAAAACCUACACCCCUCUCUUCAUCGCCUCCCCCUUCUUUGAAAGCCUCAGAGUCUCCGGCCCCGAUUUUGCAGCUUCUGCUAAGAACUCCACAGAUGCCCUUGGCCACCAUGACAAUGACUUCAGUGAGAUCAUGCAGGAGUAUGGGAGUAGAGUGACAGAGCUCUCAAAGACAAUCCUCAGGCUAAUCCUGACCACACUUGGAAAGGAAUUGGAUUCCAAAUAUUACGAGUCCGAAUUCCAGCAAUGCCACGGAUACAUGAGGAUAAACAACUACUCGUCCCCUCGCAGCUCGGAGGAGGAGGCAGAGGGCCUAGGCAUGCACACGGACAUGAGCUGUGUGACGAUCGUGUACCAGGACGAGAUAGGGGGGCUGCAGGUGAGGUCGAGGGAGGGGCGGUGGAUGAGCAUCGCCCCGAGGGAGGGGACCCUCGUGGUCAACGUGGGGGACAUGCUGCAGGCCUGGAGCAACGACAGGCUUCGCUCGUCCGAGCACAGGGUGGUCCUCGGGAGGAGGACGCGUUUCUCGCUGGCCUUCUUCUGGUGCUUCGAGGAUCACAAGGUGGUCGAAGCACCAGACGGCGUCAUUGGGGAACACGAGGCCAGGAUGUAUAAGCCCUUUGUCUGCUCGGAGUACCUGACCUUCAGGGAGAACACAGAGAGGGGCAAGUUUGACAAGGUUGGCUUUACUGUCAAGGAUUUUGCAGCUCUUCCUCAAAAUAACAUCACUUGACUUUUUAUUUUCAUCCUUUUUUGCUAAUUUGUUUGUGAAUGUGUGAAUGUGUAUAAUUUGUGAGAGAAUUUGAGGUGGUUGAAACAGUUGGAAGUUGGAACAUUUGGUAUUAAUUUAUGUAAGGUGUAUUAAUAAGGUAUUUUGUUGAGUA